AAAAGGUCGAGGUUAUAAAUUUCUUGAAUGGGUACCAUAUGAGAGAUUUACAGAUAUAAAAGAAAUUGGCGAAGGUGGAUUUGCUAAAGUGUUUUCUGCAACUUGGAUUGAUGGUGUAUCAAAAUAUGAUAAACAAAGUGAUGGAAGUUUGAAAAAAAGAGAACCUAAACCUGGAAAAGUUGCUUUGAAAAGGUUAAAUGGAUCACAAAAUAUGUCGGACAAAUAUUUAAAUUAACUUAAAAUACAAUGGGAAGUAACUAAGUUUGAAGGAUUAGAGUUUUAUGGAUUAACUAAAGACCCAGAAACUAAAGAAUUUAUGAUUAUUAUACAAUUUGCUGAGGGAGGAAAUUUGAGAAGUAGUCUUUCAAAUAAUUUCAAGAAUAUUUUAUGGAAAGAAAAAAUUGAAUUAUUAUAUGAUUCAUCACUUGAUUUACGAGAUUUGCAUGAAUCAGGAUAUUUACAUAAAGAUUUUCAUAGUGGAAAUAUCUUACGAAUUAAUACUACUUUAUCUCUUAUUUCAGACUUUGGAUUAUCAGGGCCAGCAAAUGAACAAAAAUCAGAUGAUAAAGUAUAUGGAGUAAUGCCAUAUAUUGCACCAGAAGUCUUAAAUGGUGAACAAUAUACAUCAUCUGCUGAUAUUUAUAGUUUUGGUGUAGUUAUGGCUGAAAUAUCAUCUGGAAAGCCACCUUUUUAUGAUAAAAAACAUGAUUUAAGUUUAGCAUUAGCCAUAUGUAAUGGACUUAGACCAGAAUUUGGAAAAGGAACUCCUGAAUUUUAUAAGAAAUUAGCUUAUAAAUGUAUGAAUGCUAAUUCAAAUGAAAGACCAACAGCUAAAGAAUUAUUCGAUAUGAUUGAAUUUUGGUUUGAUUCUCUUGAAAGUGUGAGAGAUGAAUUUGGUUUAGCAUUUGAAGAAGCAGAUAAAGAAAUACCAAACAUCUCAACUUUGUAUAAAAAGAAUUCAGAUGCUGUAUAUACUAGUAGAGCAUUUACAUUUAGUAAUUUAUUACCAAAACCUAUUAAUUCGUCUAUAAUCACAUCAUAUAUUAAUGAAGAAAAUAAUAAAGAUUGCGACUCUCAACUAGUUGACUUGGAAGUUUCCAAUUCAAUACAAUUAAGAGAUACUACUGUUGACGAAAAUAGUGAUGAUGAUUAAAAAAAUUAAAUAUUUGUAUGUAUUUCAUUUAUAGUUUACCUUUAUUAUUAUUUAUGUUAAAUCAAAACAGGUAGAUUAAAGGUUAUGAACAUGUUUAUCCGUUUAUUUUAUAGUUUGUAAUGUAUACUUAAUUAAAUUUAAU